AUGUCCCUUUCUGCCUGUAUUGCCCUGGAACUACUGGCCGCUCAGACUCUCUUUAGAGACGGAAUCCGACGAAAUCAUAUAUCGAUAGCGCUGAGGAUAUGGAAAUUGAUGGUCUUUCCGGUUAUCAUUUCCUACUCUGUCGAGUCUGUUCGUCCGCUAGCUGCAGCCCAACUAGGAAACCGCUUUCGCAACGUUUCCAUGUGGAUAGUGAUCUCCGUGGAUGAGAACGUCGCUGUGCACAUAGAUGGCAAGGGCGAUUCGCGACGCGCUACACCACGAUGGUGUGGAGCUCCCAGGGCUGCUCUGAUAACGUAUACCCAGUUCAACGCCUACGCUAGGAUCAUCGUUGUCGCCUUUCGAAUUGAUGACGUCCAAAGGUUAAUGGAAUCCAAUAAUGUUACCAAGGUCGAGCCGCUAAACCAGCUGGCCGAGGUAGAGACCCGCACUACAAUGGUCGCUUCACGGAUUCAGUCCCCGCUUCAGCUAAGUGUCCAUGGGUUUCGCCGCUCCCGGCUCUUUACACUGGGCUUGAGGGAAUCCUAG